UUGUGAUUGAUAUUGAUGGAAGUCGGUAACUGAAAUUUAUUUUCUUCGGUAUCAAUAAGAAUAAUACGAUUAUUAAUAAGGAAAGUUACAAAUUAUAUCCAUCAUUUAUUAAUCGUAAAUUUAACAUGGCUGUUCUUGCUGCCGCUCAACUUUUGGACGAGUUGAUGGGCCGAAACCGAAAUGUGGCUCCCAACGAAAAAGUCAAAGAGCUCAAUUGGGAAGACUCAGAAUACUGCAAAUAUUUCCUAGCCAAGUUCUGCCCUCACGAUUUGUUUGUAAACACGCGGGUAGACCUCGGCGCCUGCUGCAAAGUCCACGACGAAGAAGUCAGGAAAUUGUUCCAAAAGGCCAAGCCCAACCACCACAGGAAGCUCCAGUACCAGGAGGACUUCCUCAGGUUCUGCAACUCCAUGUUGAACGAUGUCGAAAAGAAAAUCGUGAAAGGCAAACAACGACUGGCUCUCAGCGCGAGCGGCAAGACCGACGUCCCCUCGAUAUCGCCCGCACAAACGCAAAAGAACCAGGAACAAAUCAACAUCCUAAACGAACGAAUCAACGAUUUAGAAGCCGAAGCCGAGCAGGCCGGCACCGACGGCAACGUCGAGCAGGCCCAAGGUCUUAUGAAACUUUGUGAUCAACUCAAAGAGGAACGGGACGGUUUAAGGAAGCAAAUCGAAAAUGGUCACUUCAGUGCUACGGCAGAACUGGCAGCUGCUCAAGAAAAGCAGAUGGAAGUGUGCGAAGUUUGCGGAGCAUUUCUAAUCGUAGGCGAUGCCCAACAACGAAUUGACGAUCACUUAAUGGGCAAACAACAUAUGGGAUUUGCUCGUUUGAAAAUUGCAAUAGAAGAAGUAAGCGAGCUAGUUAAAGUCGCUAAAGAGAAACAGUACGGAGGUAGGGCCGGGCCAGGAACCGAGGAAAAGCGAGAACGCGAGAGGGAUUUGAGAAAGGAGCGAGAAUUCGAAAGAUCUCGAUCGGAGCAGAGGGAAAGGGAAAAGGAUAAAGAGAGAGAAAGAGACCGAAAAAUAAGAGAAAAAAAAGUAAAGACUGGAGAUAGGAGUGAUAGAAGGGAAAGGGAAUCUUAUAGAGAAAGAGAAGCGCAUCGAGAGAAAGAACGAGACGUGGAAAAAGAAAAAGACCGGAGUCGAAGGCAUCGAGAUUCCGGUCGACGUCAUCACCACAGUCAUCGUAGGCAUUAAAUUUUUGACCAGUAAGAUUUUCCUUAACAGAAAAGCUAGCUUACCAGUUCGUUUUUAAAAAAGCAGAAGGAGUUACGUUAAAAAAAUUCUCUAAAGUAUAACCAGUGUUGAAACCAUUAAAUUACUACAUACCGCGAGACCUGGAGAAGGUGCCCUGGCCUGAGGUAUUUGUAUAUCGUUAAAAAACAAUACUUACAUUGUAAAUUAGUUUGUUUAGUAUACUUCAAUAAUAAAUGUUAUACGAGUGUGUUUUGAUCAUUCAACUCAAAAAAAAGAAAAUAUAAAACUUGAAACAAAAGCAAAUUUAUGUAAUAAAGUUUAAUAAAAUCGAUACAUUUGUGAAUAAUGUUUCUAAAGGCAUAAAUUUUCAUAAUGAAAUAAAUAAAAGGCACAAUCUAUACAAACUUUAUAAAUAAAACUCUUAUCCCUGUCCUUUAAAUACAAAAAUAAAUUAUCACAAUCCAAUCACUUUCAUUACAAUUUCUUUGAAAACAUUCGAAAUACCUACAAAUUAUUCACUCAAUCUUGUCAUUAUAAUUGGUCAAUAUAACGAGUUAUUAACAUGCAACAUUACGAUAAAAUAUUUUAUAAAAUUUCUUACACAACAUAACUCAAUAAAUUUGUUAAUAUAUAAAUUUUAAAUGUUUU